CUCUGUAUUAUAGCUUUUGAGUCUAACCUCUUAUUAACUUGUCAUUCUUGAUUGACUUAACUUAAAGCUCUGUGUAUCCGCUACUUUAAAAUUCAUAACAAAUGUAUAGGAAUGUUUGAACAGAGGGCAUGACCAAUCAGGUAUCGUUGAUACAAAAAAUGCGCUUAUUUUAUAAGAUUUAAAUUUUGGUUACUUAAAGAUUAACAACAGAUUGUUAAUUUAGUUGCGCAUAGAAAUCACAGUUGGCCGCAAUAGAUCAACAAAACCUCCAGACACUUAGGUAAACAGGUAUUUGAGCUUAUCAUCGGCCUAGGUACGCUUAUUAAAGCUAAGCACACUGUUAAGAGUGAGGCUAGAGAUCUUUUAUCGACAUGGCUGAAGAGAAUCAUCAUGCACAAGCAGAAAAGGAUGGUAAAUUUGAACAUUCAACUAGCCACAACAACGGAGGACUGAGUUAUAGAAGUCUGAAAAGGCUUCUUCCAUCGGAAUGCAAACAGCAAGUACAAGAGCAAGAGGGCUGUAGCAGAGGCAAUAGUUCUACGACCAUUCAUGAUCAAUAUGAAUAUUCAAGUGACUUUGGCAGUCAUCCAUCAAUAAUACUCUCUCGUGCCUCCAAUGAAUCUCAAGAAGAGAUCCAAGGCACGGAUGGACAAUAUGUUGAUGGUUCAAAAGUAACUUUACAGUCGGUCCCAAAGGUUGCGCGCACUAUUCAAAUCGCGUCAUCAUGGCUCAAACGGACACGAAAGCUGUCAAGGGAACCGCCAAAGCGCGUAGACUCUUUCCUAGAGAAACUUGAAAUGACUGGCCCUCCUGUUACACUCAGUAACCUAGAACCCUCUGACAAUCCAGAGAAGUUUAAUGUCGCUACUUAUACGCAUUGGACGGUUGACCCGUCGGGACGUUUUAUGUUUUUCUGGCUGUAUAUCGUGUCCGUUGCGGUGGUGUAUAACUGGGUUUUCAUAAUUGCUCGGCAGUGUUUUAGUCAGCUGCAAGUUCGUUUCAUGACUUUGUGGUUUGUUAUGGAUUAUAUAUGUGAUAUUAUCUAUGGCAUGGAUAUCAUGGUGGAAUUCAGAACAGCGUACUUGGACCAGGGCCUGCUCGUGCGUGACUUGAAGAAACUACGACAGAACUACUUGGCAACCGUGAAAUUCAAACUGGACAUGAUAUCAAUUCUUCCGUUUGACUUCCUGUACUUUGGCCUCGGGACAAGAUUCACGCUUUGUCGUUUGCUUAGACUUCUACGCAUCCACCGGGUCGUCAAGCUUUUCCAGAGAGGAGAAACCAAGUCGUCUUACCCUAAUCUGCUUCAAACCUUCGCUGUGGUUCUUGUAAUUUUACUGGUGUUUCAUUGGAAUGCGUGCUUUUACUUUGCGAUUUCUGAGUCUAUAGGGUUUGGGUCUGAUAAAUGGGUGUAUCCAAAUCUGUCUUCAAACAACUAUGACAAGCUUUCUCGACAGUAUUUGUACAGUUUUUACUGGUCGACAAGAAUGAUGAUUACAGGAGAAAGCGAGAAUCCGCCCGAGACGGACAUGGAGUUGUUGUUCGUUGUUGCUGAUCUAACUGUUGGCUAUCUGACAUUUGCGGCUCUUGUCGGUCAAUUCGGAGCGAUUCUUGGACACAUAAUGCGAGCGAGAGUAGAGUUUAUAACGCACUCUAACUCCAUAAAACAAUACAUGAAUAAUCACAAAGUUAAUAAUGACCUGCAAGAGCGAGUCAUUUCUUGGAUAGACUACAUGUGGCAUAAGAAAAGAUCACUGGAUCACGAACGCAUCCUAAAAAAGCUACCAGAGAAACUCCGCGGGCAAAUCGCCGUUCACGUUUACCUAGCAGUUCUCAGGCACGUCCCUGUGUUUGCGGACUGCGAGCCGGGACUUUUACGUGAAAUAGUGGUGAAGUUACGAUCACAAGUAUUUUCUCCUGGAGACUAUAUCUGUCGCAAGGGUGACGUUGGUCGGGAGAUGUACAUCGUGAAUAGUGGUUGCUUGCAAGUUGUAGGCGAUGACGGUACAACAGUGCUUGCUAUUCUGUCAGAAGGGAGUUACUUCGGCGAAAUUAGUAUCUUGAAUUUGUCGGGAAUAGGAAAUAGACGCACUGCAGCGGUUCGUUCUGUUGGUUUCUCUGACUUAUUGUGUCUCUCCAAAGAUGAUUUGCUGGAAGCCAUGAGUGAUUACCCUGAGGCUAGGAUGAGACUUGAAGAGAGAGGGCGUGAACUAUUGAAUAGAACGCAUAAAUAAGCCUUGCUGAUACAAAUUUAGUUAUUUUGAACGCAUAUUCAUAGGAACUAUAAAUCUUCUAAUCUUUGCUUUAACUGCGACAUUUCUCAGUGAUGUCAGAAAUACGCGUGUCCAGUGGGAGUGUCCUGCCCACCCUGCUCAUGAAACGAUAUCGGAUCGACUCCUGUCGCUGUUUUCAGCAUGUGUCCGAAUGCGCUAAGCACUAUUACGUAACAAUAUCCGAUGAUUUUUAACGGAAAACG